GCAUGCGCAUCAUCUGAUCCGAGUCAUGUGUCCAUAGCAACCGUCUCUUUCGUAGAGGCGUUUAACCGGAACACGAUGUUUUAGUUGGCAAAAGGGAUCAUUUAAAGUCAGAAUCAGACGAAAAGAAACGAUGGCGGAGAAGCGACGGUCCGGUCCAGUGAUGUCCGAUCCAAAAGCAGCCAAAUGCGAGACGGACCACGAGUUUCUAUCUCAGUCCGGCGUCAGCGCGCUGCUCAGAGGGGCUCUGCUGAAACUGGUCGAGUCCAGAUCCGACGACCCCAUCGGCUUUCUGGCAGAACAUUUCGGUCAUUUGUCGUCGGAGGUGGAUGACGGAAGUGCGGAGAAUCUGACCGUCAGCAGAUCGCUGUGGCACCUGAGUCUGUCCCAUCACUCGCAGAGAUCUGCAUUCAACAAUAACGUCCGAGUGGCGUAUGAACUUCUGACGCAGAGCGCCCCCCGUCGCCGCAGUGCCGGAGGGGUCCGUGGGGUCGUGUACACGGAGGUGCUCCGGUGCCUGUGCAGUGAGGGCGGGCUCUCCGGUGCCAGCGCCGCACCCCUCCUGCAACGCAUCCAGUGUCACGAUUACGAGGCCGUGCCCUUCGAGCUGUUCCGGCAGGGUGUGCUCACGUGCUCCGUGUUCGCAGACUACAUCCGUAAGUCUCAGUGCCUGUAUGCGGCGGUGGCCAGAGCUCCGGACAGACCUGCGGAGAGAGCGCUGUGCCAGGCCGUGCUCGCCACCCUCCAGGAGGCACUCGAGACGGCCGACGGGGCCGACGUGGCACGUUACCUGGAGGCCAGCGCUAAGAUCUCGCCUGCUAAGCUGGCUCAGGCCAUGGCAGAGGCACGGCCCCCUUCACAACAGCAGGAGGGUCCCACUAUGGACGCUCAGGAGUUUGAAGAUGCUGCAGCUGCACUCUUCAUAGCUCGGGUGCGAAAGGUCACUUGAAGGCCUUCGGUCGCAUAAAGAGAGCUUUUGAAGUAAAGCCUAAACGUUCUGGAAUUUAAAACAUCAUCACGUGAGUUACUGGUUUCGAUUUUAAUUCUGGUGACAGAGAACAUCAGACUGACAUGAGAAGUGAUUCAUUGCGCUGGUGCAGGGAUGAAACUCACGCUUUAACCUCAGCUACAUCUACUGUUUGUGAACUUUGAGAGUCAUGAGGUCAAGAAGGAAAGGAAAGAUUUGUGAAAAUCUUGUUUGGCACGGUUUCCUUUUCACCUUCAUAACUUUUGCUUUAGCUUGUCUGAAUGAAUUAAAGGUUCAAUUUUAUUAAAGCUAAAAGGGAUACUUCACCCAACAUUCUGUCAUCAUUUACUCAUCUUUGAUCUGUUCCAAAUCUGUACGAAUGUCUUUGUUCUGAUAAACACAGAGAAAGAUUUUUUGAAGAAUGUUAUUACCAAACAGAUUUUGACUCCGAUUGUAGGAAAAAAUACAAUGUUAGUCAAUAGUGCCCCAGAACUGUUUGCUGUGCUACAUUCUUCAAAAUAUCUUCUUUUGUUUUCAAAAGAACAACAAAACAUGAUAAAGUAAUUUUUCCUACUAUGGGAAAAUAAUGGUGGAAAAAGAAGCUUUGUAACACGCAUCAUAGUUGAGCAAACUUUAUUAAACCUGUGUUGUGUUAAACAUGCUUUAUUUUAAACCAUGGUCUGUUUGAAUACUCGAUUCUGAUGGCUGGAAGGUGUUCAAUAAAACCAUUUAACAAUAGCCUUAUCUCUUCUAGUCAAAACUGUGGCUGUGUCUAAAACCGCUCCCUAUCCCUAUAAAGGGAGCGGUUUCAGUCAGACACGGCACAUGAAACGCUCCCUGAUGUAACAUCCACCAUUUAUAAAGUGACAUUUCAGAAGAAAUCGAUUCACGGCUUUUGAGAAUCGAUAUUGAAUCGAUCGCAUUUUUAAAAACGAUGAAUCGUUUUUUUUGGCCAACCUUUCUAAUAAAUGUCUUAAAAUCAUUGUGUAGAAACAGAAAGCAGGUUUCACUCGUACAGACUCCUCAGUCAUCAGUGUGUUAUUAAAUGUAAUAAGAGUCCUUGUGUCAAUAAUUCAACGGUGUGAGUGACAGUCACGUGUUCUCCAUCAGCACAUUACAAACGUGCAUGUCUGCUCUUGCUCUGCUUCAACCUCUAGUUCUCUUCAUAUUUAUAUAUAUAUAUAUAUAUAUAUAUAUAUAUAUAUAAACAUCCACACAAUUUACUUUUGAACAUUAAAACGCAAAUGUUUUACAAGUUUGCUUUUUGUGUCGCUUUUCUUUCUUUAAUCACCAAGAAUGUUUUGAUCAAAUUACUGGACGGUAUUGAUCCGCCUUCCUUUCUUUUGUUCAUAUUAGCAUAAACAUGAAUGGUGAAAUAUUAGAAUAAAUCAUUUGUAUGACCUGUUGAUCUAUUGUGCUGAUACUUAUAGAUCGCAUUGCUGGAUGUGAACACUGAUCCAGAAACACUUUUUAUUUUCUGAUCUUGAAGAUUUAAUUAAACUUAAAAGAUAUUUGUUUUAUUUGAGUUAUACCUGUUUGUUUGUGUGU